AUGAAAAAUCCUAGGACCGAAGAAUACGAACAACUGGUGAAACGUGUGCUUGAGCUUUCGAAUUCAGUAAAAAAGGAUAUCAAGCCAUCAUCGCCAAUGUCACCGAGAUCGGAGUCAGUGCCACGACAAUCAUCCCGACCUUCAGGCCCGCAAGCCCAGAGAAUCGUUGAUAGUCAGGUAUUUUCAUCAACGCUGUUUUUUACGUUGUCGCGUAUCUUCGUUUUCCUAACAUUCAUUUCCAGUACCUGA